AUGUUCGUGCUCUUAGCCUUGAUGUACUUAUGCCUCAGUCGCAGCGCUUUUUGUCUCUUCCUGAGGACUUCGGGGAGCCUGACGAUAUCCAGUUUGUACAGGACUCCCGACGUCAAUUUUCCUGCAUGGAUACCUCCUACACCUCAUUCUGAGCUCGUGUGGAACCGUUGCAGGCAGGCGUCUCGGACAGGCCAGCAGCAACGGAGGUCUCUGACCUCCAAAUGGCGGGAAGAUCCAUCGACCAGCCCGUUUCACCUUGCGGCUGUUUCUUGUUCCAUCCUUAGUUCCUCGAGUGGGAAGGGGAACCAUCGGCAAGUACCUCUAGGGGCACCCAGUUCUGUUGCUCAGCAAUCGCUCUUGCACGGCGCAGAGCCACAAAGAGCAGGAGCGGCUUCUUCUGUUCCUUCGCAAGAUGUGUCAACUGGUGGAAUGCAAGAGCUUCAGUCUGUUGAAAUAGACGCAACACUAGAUGGUAUAAGCCGAGAAGGUCUGUUGCAGCUACUGGGAGAGCUGAAACGGCAAACUCCUGAGCUACUACGCCUUCUUCCCUCUCAGCAGACCUCGGCUCUCGACAGCUUGUCAACUGAGCAACUACGGAGUCUUGUGGAGCAGCUACUAAACUUAGCAGAGGCCGCGGACGUGCAUACAACUGCUGACUCUGGAAGUGUGAGCUCAGACAAAUGCUCCACCACCGCCUCUCGAGGUCAGUUGACGCCGCUGCAGGUGCAGCCCGCACCGCAAACGCAACAUGCGAAGCAGCAAGUGGAUACUGAAACCUCACACAAGCGGGAAAAGUGGGAACCAAAGAAGCACAAGCAGAAGGAUCGGCCGGAGAAGGACAGUGGGGCGGAUGUUCAACCUCUCCAGUGCGCCCUCGCCCAAGCUGAAAGCGCUGCUAGCGCUGCUGCUUCUGCAGCCUGCGUCGAAGCCCAACAGCUGCUCGAAAUAGGCACUUCAGAGGAAGUUGGAGAAGGACUGUUUUCUGCACUACAGGAGCAAAUGCCAUUGCUACAGGAGGCUGACAUUUGGGACCUACUGGUCGCCAUGGGCCCUGUACUUCAGGCGUUGCUUCCUCCUGAAAACCCUCCACGAGAGCAGCCAUUAUUGGGGCAGCAACGGAUGCGGGAGAGUCAGCAACAAGGUACCACAGAGAAUUCUGUAGAAGCGCUGCUAGACGCAACGGCCGAAGAGCGACAAGCCCUGGCUCUAGAAGCAGCAGCCAUCAAUCAGUUCGUGGAGGCGAAGGUCGGGCCGUUGUCUUGGGCGGCUAAAAAGGACCUGCUACUAACACUUCUAGCAGUGGUCGAAGCCGAGGGAUAUUGUCCGAAGGAGCCUGAAGUACGCCAGCUCUUGGGGCUGGACACAGCGGGUGUUGGGGUGCCUCGCAAUGCCUCUGCUGCAGGUGCUGCUGCUACUGGGGUUGUCUCUGAGCAGGCAGAGAGCAUGAAAUUCGGUGGACUGCCGGUUGUGUCAGCGUGGCGUCGGCUGCUGCAGUUGCCAGAGAACGCCCUUGAGGGUGAGAAUCCCUUGUCUGCAGAUGAGGCAGAGGCGCUUAGUGCAGAGGAGGUCAAGCUGCGCUACCUCCGUGUUAUAAAGCAGGCCAGACAAGCGAGCAUCAAGGCUUCGCUCAAGCUAUGCGAUUACGUCAAGCAAUCUGAGAGUUCCUUUGAAGGGCCUGGAUGCCAGUCAUUGCCUGAAGAAAAUCUUGCUGGCAUCAGUUCCUCGGAGAGGACAUUAGAAAACCAGGCACCCAUCACAGCAGGUUCUCCGAAACCUCACGGCUCGGGGAAUCCCAACCAUUCACUACGGCAAGUCUCCGGUAGCGACUGCCUUCGCGGGAGGCUUGAUGCACGUGCCGUGCCUCCGCCAAUGGCUACAAAUCCCGAGGCCGCUCUACAGGAAUCCGCAAAACCGGCGAUUAGUGAGGCGGUGCCUCCCAGGGUAUGCAAAAGAGCUGAAAAACCGGAUGUAGCUGUUGAAAGUACCACAACGGCGGUUUCCACAGCAAGCUCAGGAACACCUAUCUUAUAUAAUGGUGCUGCAGUCCAUAGAGGACGCGGGGGGGAUGCUCACACGCAAGAAGAGACCCUUAUGGACCUUUCGCGGAAGUCAAAAGUUCCAAAGCCGGAUUCCGCGGCAGCGGGAGAUAGUGAAGACACUUCUUACAGCAGGAAGUUAACGGGUCUGACAGGUGGCACUGCUCGGUUUGCUGCUUUGGGUUUAAAUACUGUUGUGAGCUCUGCAGCGGCAGCGUUUUUGGGAGGGGCGGCAUCCAAACCGACUCCGACUCAGCGGCUCGUCGUACCUCACAUAUUAAAAGCAUUCAAGAAGACUGAGUCGUGUAAUUGGACGGCUGGCAAAUCAUCUAUAGACAGUUUAGUGGCUCUGCGCGCACACACUGGAAGUGGAAAGACACUCGCCUUCUUGCUGCCGUUGAUGCAGGCGUUGAGAGAUCAAGAGGUGGCAAGUGCUGCGGCAGAUAAGUGCAGUGUAAGAGAUGAACUGGAAUACGCAGACCUGAUGGAUUGCAAGGCUCUUGAGGAAACCGUUGGAGGGCACCACGAUGCCAGCAGAACAUUCGUCGGCUCAGGAAGGCCACGUGCGCUUGUGAUAUGCCCAUCAAGGCCCCUGGCGUCCCAGGUUGCUUCUGUUGCAGCUGCCCUUGCCAAGCGGAUCAGGCUUUCUGUCGGUUGCACUACAGGCGGGGUCGGAGCGGGGGACCAACUCCGGCUACUACGACGUCGCCCUGUGGAUGUCCUCAUUGGCACUCCAGACCGCUUACUGCGCCUAACGCGUCCCAGUAAUACAGAGAGCAGACAUUUCGAGACUGGAGAGAGGAGUAGCAGUACUCAGAGAGCCACUGGGGGGUUGCCAAGCCUCGACUACGUGCAGUUUUGCAUUCUGGACGAGGCAGACGCGUCGUGGCAUGGAGGCUUUAGAGAGGAUGUUGAAAAAUUGCUUAUUCGCUCCCGCUUCCUCCACACAGCCUCACAACAAAUAGGGGAACAAGAGAGGAAAUGGGCUUACCCUAAGGUCCUCUUGACGUGCACGGCUACUCCUGAUAGUGGGGUAGAGGCGGACCUUUGUACGCUGUUGGAGCUACCAGCUGAGAAGGUUUUCACUGUCUCGGGAGGCCCGCCUUUUCCUCCCCAGGCUCAGUUGCGCCAUGAGAUGAUGCAGUCUCGUGGAGCCGACCGUUUUCUCUUAUUGGUCGAACAAAUAAAGAUCCACCCAGAGCUGCGGGCCAAGAAAAUUCUGGUCUUCUGCAACACAGUCGACAGCUGUCGCGCCUGCUGUCACCAUCUGCAAGCGGCAGACCUUCCUGCAGAGGGCUACGAUGGGUCGUUGCCUGCGAGCGUGCGAGAGAAGAAUCUCCGCUCGUUUCAAGAAGGAAACGGCCAGCGAAUUUUGGUUGCUACAGAUGCUGUAGCUCGCGGCCUCCACAUUGGUGGGGUGGAUGCCGUUGUCAACGCAGACUUCCCGCGUACGACAGUGGAAUACUUGCACAGGGCCGGACGAACUGGCCGAGUUGAGUCGAAGGGAUUUGUCCUGUCAUUCGUAUCAAAGAGGGACGCAGCCCUUGCAGCAGCUGUAAGGGCGUCUCUCUCCGUGGGUCUUUCUGUGGAGGAAGCAGGUGGACGCUCUCCCAGAGAAGAACGACUAGCUGGAUAUCGAUCUAGGAUGCGGAUGGCGAAGUCGAAAUCGAAGGCCAGGCGAGGAGGUUGGAAACCUCCCCGGCCUAAGGAAUGGCAUGCAGCACGGGUGAAAAUGGCCCAGAGGCUCGAAAAGAGGCAACAAGUAAGGGAGCAUUUCACGAAAAGGCGUGUAGGCUCUGCUAACAAGAAGGUUGCCUAG